UUAUUUUGAUAGGGUAGUUUUACACAGCUUGCUGUAGUUUCAUUUGUGAACGGUUCUCUAGUGUUGUAAGAUCGCUUACCUUGCUUACUCUAACGUUACCUGUUUGAAAUGUGCAUUCCAAAGAGAGCACAUCACAUUUCACCCCUCCAUCAAAAAGUUCGCCCUGCUUUGAGUCACGUGGUUUAAGAAAAUGGCUUCUUGAAACGAAUUUUGUCAAAUGUGUUGCUAAAAGUUGAAAUUAUAGCUACCUAAAACUGAAUACGAGUGUUAAUAUUAGACUGAAGGAUUUGUAACUUCAAUCUCAGAAAUCGUUAUGCAUAAGUAACCGUUCUACUUUAUUUUUUUUCAUGAUUCUCAGGAAGAUGGGUGUGCAGCAGAUCUCAACUGUCGUAACAUAAGAUAGCUAGCUACUGUAAGCUAACAGACAUCUGUCUCGAUUUAAGCACCAAAGUCAACCGAACAACAUGCCUCCUCGGAAAAAGCGAGAGAACAGAGGCACGGAUGAUUGUCCCAGGAAACGACGACGAGCUCAGGAAGAGGGCAAUGUCGUCAUCUCAGACAGAGACGAGGAUGAAGACUUCAGACCGACAUCAUCAUCAAGAGGGGAGCGCAAACGGGAGAAGGAGAGUAGAACACGAUCAAACGAGAUGACCGAGGAGGAGAUGCUGGACCUGGCCAUGAGACUGAGUAAACAGGAGGCCAGCAGCGCUGCUCUCCGGCAACGACAGGAGGAAGAGGCCGUGAGGAAGGCCAUCGCUGAAAGCCUCUACGCAGACAGCCCUACUCACCCCCACUCAGAAUCUUCGCUCGGGUCAGGGAGCCCUACACAACAAUGUCAAAAUUCUCCUCCAGAGGGAGAGAGCAGCAUACAGCCACCCAGGUGUAAACUCUCCUACCCUAACCAUGGUGUGGCUGACAGGGAGGGAGCCUGCGGUGGAGGUGUUCAUGUAGGGAUGGCUCCCUCAGACAGGAGGGGGAAGAAGGAGGGAAGCCCAUUACUAGAUAUGCCUGACCUGUCUCAGACCCAGAAGGUCUAUUCCCAGUCCUCCCCCCUCAGCCAAGCUUCCACCUCAGUGCCUCUCCCAUCCUCACAGGAAGAGGGGUCUUCUCAGAGGAACCUUUUCCGAGACUGCUCAGCCAAGGCAAUUGAAUCUCAGGACUACAACAACUCCACAAAGAGUGACUCCCAGUCCCAACUCAGGAUCAAGUCCCCUGGUUUCCCUUCCACUACGGCUCCCCAAGCCAACAAACCUGUCCUGUGCCUGGAGAAGCUUAGCCAGGACCUCCUAGUAGACUGUCAGGCCUCUGGGUUCCUACUAAAGGGUCAUCCCAGCUUAACACUUCCCACAAAGUCCCAGAAAUCUCAAUCUUAUCAGCCCAAGAGCCCCACAUUCUCCAAUACCCCUGUGUUUUCCAAAACAGAGAGAGGUGUGGAACCAGGCCAAAGUAGUCCCUCCUUUCCUAAAAGCGCCAUGUUCUCUAAUUGUGAUUCAGGAGAGGAAGAAAAAGAGGCCAGUCCCACCAUUCCUAAAAGCCUGGUCUUUUUCAAGACUGAUAGAGGAAAGGCAGAGGAACAAAGGAGUCCAACUUCUCCGAAAAGCACCAUUUUCUCUAAGACUGAAAGAGGACCAGAAGAGAAAGAGACCUUCUCUGGAAGUCCAGUCUUUCCCAGAACUGAUCAGAUAAGGGACCAGGGUCCACAGAGCUGUGUUGAAAGUGUCUCUGCAACGGGAGACUAUGAGGAUGGAGACAGAGAUGAUGCUGUGAAGAGCAGGGAUGCCUCCGAGUGCCUUCCACCAUGCCCCAGAACAACCCUGUCCCUGAACAAGAGAUUUGUGCCUAUAAGGAAGACUGCUGGAGUUUCAGACAAAGUUGUUGACCAAGAGGAACGCGAGGGUGAAUCCUCGCAGAGAACUGUAAACAGGAUUAGCAUGCCUGCAAAGUUGGCUGCAGAAGAAGACCUUAAUUCAGAGGAACUUACAUUGGCUUUGGAGACUCAGCCAAUGCAGGAGUUAACCAGUAAUAUGGCGUUACGCUGGUCAGAUGAUGACGAAGAGGAAAAUGGUCCUGAAAAGUCAGCUCACUCGCCCAGCCCAGUCUUCCCACAGGAGAAUGACCUCCCUCAGCCAAGCAACCAAGGUCUCUCCCCAAACACCCACGACCACCGUUCCCCCCAACACAGACAUAGCCCCUGCCUCGUCCCCAUGAAACGCACUCACAACUUCGAAGGCGCCGCGUGCGAGGAGGGGGAGAGCCAGUCCAAGUGCAUCCGGAAGAAGUUCACCUUCAAGGGCAUGUAUGGAGCCCCCUCUCCCUCUCUUCUCAGACAGGCUGCAGGUAGGAGCCAGGAUGAGGCCAAAGGCGGAAGCACCUCUUCCCACCAGCCCCUGGCCUCCUCCAGCCGCCUCUCUCCCCCCACAGACGGCCAGGGUUAUGGGGGAGUGGUGCGCUACUAUUGGGGUGUGCCUUUCUGUCCACGGGGGCAGAACCCAGACGCCUACACACAGGUGAUCCUGUCCCAGCUGGAGGUGUAUGAGAAGAGCCUGAAGGAGGCCCAGAGGGGUCUGCUGAGGAAGGCAGGCUGGGGGGAGCCAGUCCUCCCUGGGCCCCCAGAGAAACCCUUCUCCAGGAGGGGACGCCUCGAGAGACGCAGGGCCCCACGACUCCUGGAAGAAGAGGAGAGAGGGGGAAAACGUCAGGAAGAGCUAGUGGAGGUGGUAGAAGAUGAUGAUGAUGAUGAAGAGGAGGGAGAGAAGAGGGCGAGACAGCUGUCACGGUGGGGGGUGGAAGGGGGAGGGAAGAGAGGAAGGCAGGAGUGGAAGGACUGCCAGGAUCUGUUUGUGUCCUCUCCUGAACAAGAGGAAAAAUCUCCCUCCCCUGUAUUUCAUGCAGAUACCAGUCAGCUAAUUCUACUUCAACGGAGACUUGGCCUUAGAAGAAAAGAGGAAAGAGUAGCAGAAAAACAACCACCUGACUUACUGGAGGAGAGGGAGGAAGAUGAGAAUGAAGAAAAGAUGGAUGAUAAAGAGGGUGGAGAGAAGAGGGAGGAGGAAGAAGUGGAUGUCAGAGGCUUACAAGUUCCAGAGACCCAACUCAGUGACGACAGCACUCAAGACCUCAUGGUCACCAGCCCUGCACAGCCCCAGCCAGAGAGCCAGUCCCUGCCUCAGAUCCAGACCUUUCUUUCAUCACCCCGUCCUCUGGAACAGUGUGAAGAGGGGAUGUUGGUGGUUGGAGAGGAGGAGGGGCGGAGGAGUAGCCCUGUGGGGAUCCCUGCUGUAGGAGAGGAUGUUCAGAUGGAGGAGGAUAUCCCAGAGCCUGCCUUCCCUCGGAGCCCCAACAUGGACUGUCCCAUGUGCAUGCGUCUCUUCCCCCUGACGGAGAUUGAGAUGCACGCUGCCUACUGUGACGGUACCACCGGUAUCAUGGAGGAGGAAAUGGAGAGCCACUCUCAGGUUUCAGUCAAGGCUCGUAGGAAGAGGACCAGAAGGGGUGAGAACAUUGGAGAGGAGCAGCCCAGCUCUUCUGGCUCUGGCAAGGUGGUACAGGGAGAGAAGUGCUUCCUGUGUCAGCAACUAUUUCCUCUCAAGUACCAGUUCUCCAAGGCUGCACCCAGAGACGGACAGAGUGGAGACUUGCUGAGUGCUCUGGACCAGACAGAGCAUAUAUAUUCAGGGACUGCUGAGGCCAAACCAUGUGUUACUACCGUCAAUAACCAACAAAGUGGCCUGAUUGAUGAUCUGGACACAGCAGAAUCUGGGGGAAGAGGAGACUUCAGCGCCCCAGGUUUCAGAGUGAGCACCUCGCCCAUCCAAUCCUUCACCCUGUCUCAGAAGCCACAGACUGCCUUAUCGACUUCUAACGCCAAUGCUCUUCCUCUACCUCCUCUUCCUCCUCCAGGCCCAGCCAAAAAAGAGAUUAAAGCAAUAGUUUUUAAAAAAAUGGGAAAGUGUCUCCCAGCCUUUCCGUCUCUGAGUAGGACGAGGACCUAGGAGAGGUGUCAUCUCACCUGCAGAAAGACCUGAAUAAAUUACUGGGCAAAGACUUCAAACGUCUCCUCCUAAGAUGCUUCCCACCUUUGUGAGGACCACACCUAAUGGAACAGAGACUGGUGACUUCCUGGCACUAACCUACGUGUCCUCUAUUUGAAGUUAGGAGUGGAGGAUCAGCAGCAUGAAAGAUGUUGACACCAUCCAUGAGGAGGUUGAUACGUCUGGAAAGAGUGUCUGCAGCCUUUCCGUCGCUCUGUGAAGAAGCUGCGGGACGUGUCGUCUCGCCUCAGGAAGGACCUGAUCAUAAGGCGGGUCAAACACACAAACCGCCGAGCGGCAGUCAAGAUGCUGCCCACUUUUGUGAGGUCUACACCUGAUGGUACAGGAAAAUGCCACAGGCACUAUGAUGUGUGGAGGCAUUUCACUGCAGCUAAUGUAGAAGGAAAAGCUGUGUACAUUUGCAAAUACUGUGCCAAAUCAUAUGUGAAGAAUGCAACAAAGAUGCACAAUCAUCUGGCUAAGUGCAUAAAGUUCCCUCAGCGCUCACAACAAGCUACCUCUGACAAAAGUCCCUCUACAUCUAUUCGAGGUGAAAAUGAUGAACCAGCCACCUUAUCGAUAGCAACAGCUCACGGUCCUUACAGUGUAGGAACGUAGUCAGAGAAAUACUGAUAAAUGUCUUGCUCGAGCUGGUUCAACGCUGAUGUUCACAGGCAAUGUGUAUUGGAAGAGAUUGCUGAAUGUUCUUCGCCCAGCACACACUCCUCCAACCAGACACGCUUUAUCUACAGUAAUUUCCGGACUAUAAGACGCAACUUUUUUCCCACGCUUUGACGCGGCUAAUUUAUGGAUUUUUCCCGCUUUCACAAGAUUCAUGCCGCCAAAAAACUGAGCACCGUCACAUAAUGUGAUGUAAAUCGAGCGCGCUCAAACUUCCCAUCAUUCUGAUUACGGUAAUCCUUUUGUCACCCUCAUCAUGGCAAAGACACAGAGAAAUGCAUAUGAUGCAGCUUUCAAGUUGAAGGCGAUCGAUCUGGCUGUUGGAAAAGGAAAUAGAGCUGCUGACAGCGUGGAGCAUUGUCAAAAAAUCCACCAUCAUCAACGGGUUUGGAAAGGCUGGACUGCUGCGUGUUGAAGAGGGCAGCUGGACUGCUGCGUGUUGAAGAGGGCAGCUGGACUGCUGCGUGUUGAAGAGGGCAGCUGGACUGCUGCGUGUUGAAGAGGGCAGCUGGACUGCUGCGUGUUGAAGAGGGCAGCUGGACUGCUGCGUGUUGAAGAGGGCAGCGAUCCAACAUCGGAUGAAGCAAUUCUGAGGCUAUUCAACUCCGACACCGAAGGAGAUGACUUCAGUGGUUUCAGUGCACAGGAGGAGGAAGAUGGUGACCAAUGACUUUCUUGGUAGGCUACUGUUUACUGCUAUUUUUUUUACAUUUUUGUUACAAGCCGUGUUUUGUUUAAAAGCCUAUUUAUUUUUGUUACAAGCCGUGUUUCGUUUAAAGGCUGUGUAAAGUUAAUUUGUUUAAAUGUACCGGUAGGCACCUGCGGCUUAUAGACAUGUGCGGCUUAUUUAUGUACAAAAUACAUAUUUUUUUUAUUUAUUCAGUGGGUGCAGUUUAUAUUCAGGUGCACUUAAUAGUCCAGAAAUUACGCUACUAAUUUGCAGGAUGCAGCGUUCAAGUGAAGGUCAAGUAAAUCAUAGAGGAAGCAGACUGUAUUACAAUCAUCUCUGAUGGGUGGUCGAAUGUUCGCGGGCAAGGAAUAACUAACUACAUCAUCUCCACCCCGCAACCAGUAUUCUACAAGAGCACAGACACAAGGGACAACAGACACACCGGUCUCUACAUUGCAGAUGAGCUGAAGGCAGUCAUCAAUAACCUUGGACCACAGAAGGUAUUUGCACUGGUGACAGACAAUGCUGCGAACAUUAAGGCUGCUUGCUCACAUCACACCCAUUGGCUGUGCUGCUCAUGCAUUGAAUCUGCUUCUCAAGGACAUCACGGAACUGAAAACAAUGGAUACACUCUACAAGAGAGCCAAGGAAAUGGUUAGGUAUGUGAAGGGUCAUCAAGUUAUAGCAGCAAUCUACCUCACCAAGCAAAGUGAAAAGAAUAAGAGCACCACAUUUUAAGCUGCCCAGCAACACCCGUUGGGGUGGUGUUGUCAUGUUUGACAGUCUCCUGGAGGGGAAGGAGUCUCUCCAAGAAAUGACUAUAUCACAGACUGCCGAUAUGGACAGCCCCAUCAAGAGGAUCCUCCUGGAUGAUGUAUUUUGGGAGAGUGGUAAGCAGCCUGAAACUCCUGAAACCUAUAGCAGUAGCCAUUGUACAGAUUGAGGGAGACAAUGCCAUCCUGUCUGAUGUUCAGACUCUGCUUGCAGAUGUAAGAUAAGAAAUCCUUACUGCCCUGCCAACUUCACUGUUGCUCCAAGCAGAGGAAACUGCAGUUCUGAAAUGCAUCAAAAAGCGUGAAGACUUCUGUCUGAAGCCCAUGUUAGACCCCAAGUAUGCUGGCAAGAGCAUCCUGUCUGGUGCAGAGAUCAACGAGGCCUAUGGUGUCAUCACUACCGUGUCUCGCCACCUUGGCCUGGAUGCUAAGCUUCUUAGCAGUCUGGCGAUGUACACUUCCAAGCAAGGGCUGUGGGAUGGAGAUGCAAUAUGGCAGUCUUGCCAACAUAUCUCAUCAGCCAUCUGGUGGAAAGGACUUUGUGGAUCUGAGGCUCUUUCCCCUGUUGCCUCCAUCAUCCUCCAAAUCCCACCAACAUCAGCCACCUCAGAGCGCAACUGGUCCUUGUCUGGGAACCCGCACACCAAAGCACGCAACAGGCUGACCAAUACAAGAGUUUAAAAAUUGGUGGCCAUCCUGGCAAAUAUGAGACUUUCUGAGCCUGACAAUGAGCCAUCCUCAACAAGGUUGAGCUGUGCAUCACCCAAUGAAGUGCAGCUCACUCACUGGCGAUGGCCCUUGUGUCAAAAGCCUUUCUCUCGUUUUAGUUUGUAAAGCAAUGCUGUUUGCUCAGUAGGCCUAUUUGGAAGUUAAUAACAUACUGUAUUUGGUAGCCUAUAGGCAGAUUAGUCUUCUUUUUUCCGCAGGAGCCAUUUGCUUUCCUGUCUGUGGUUUCCCGCGAUUGUAUUUGAAAUAUUGCGAAAGGUCUGUUGGCUGCAUGCUGUUUGUUCACUGACAGAUUUGCUGAGUGUUCCAAACUAUAGGCUAUGCCUUGUGAUUGGGCUACACACAAUCCACAGUUAGCUAUUUUUUUUAUAAGCUAUUGAUCAAAUCAAAUGUAUUUAUGUAGCACUUCGUACAUCAGCUUAUAUCUCAAAGUGCUGUACAGAAACCCAGCCUAAAACCCCAAAGAGCAAGCAAUGCAGGUGUUGAAGCACGUUGGCUAGGAAAAACUCCCUAGAAAGGCGUCCGGUGAUCCUCUGUGGCUAAAUUAUAGGCCUACACCUGGUGUAGUCUUCUGAAUGAUUUCAUUUCUUUCUGAACAGACAGCAGUCAUUCUAUAUCUUUGGCAAAUGUAUGUCAAUUUAUCAGGGGUGCUGCGGCACCUCCAUCACCCUUCACGUGGACAGGAAGAUCUGCGCCAUACCCCAGGGUAUUAUGCUGGGGCCGCGAGAGCAGGUGUGUGUGGUACUGAGUUCACAAGAGUAGUCUUUCAUUGUAUGUUUGGGAUGUACAUGUUUUUACAGCUCAUCCCACCCCUCCCAUGGGGUGGUUAUUUUUUAAUCCCAGGUAGAAACGGUGCCUGUAAAUCCCUGUGUUGUUACAAUGUCUUACUUUGUAAGCAUGGACUUUCAAUGGUUCAUUUUAAGUCAAACUACAAAUAUGGGACAUUGACUGGAAAACCGCCUGUCAGCCACAAAGUCCUUUUUAAACUACUCAUGUGACUGAUCAGGGAAACACAAGUCAGAUAAUUGAACAUAGACAUACUCAAGGUAAUACAUCUUGGUGACUCAUGAGGGCUGUGACUUUGCCAGGUUUUGAUGGCUGAAAGCCAUGCUCAGUUUCUAGAGAAAACGCAUACGAUUCCCCAGCCUGCAUAGGUAUGAAUCCCCUUUCAGACCAGUCUCUUGGAUUUUCGCACACCGGUGUAAAAUGUUGACUCAUUGUGGUGUCUUUCCCUGUCCAGUGGUUUUACCACAUUGCGGCCUGCCUGGCUGAGUUCCUGGAGCUGAAGGAUCAGACGCUACCUCUGGGCUGUACCUUCUCCUUCGAGCAGAAAGACAUCGACAAGAGUAUCCUGAUCCGUUGGACCAAAGGCUUUCUUUAACUGUUCAGGAGUGGACGUGGUCAGGCUACUGAGAGAAGCCAUCCACAGCAGAGAGUUGCAAUGGUGAAUGACACUGUGGGUACCAUGAUGAGUUGUGGAUACAGGGACCAGAGCUGUGAGAUUCACAUGAUCAUUGGUAGGUAGUACCUAUCUGUACUGCAGCCACACUACUGCAAAUAUAGCAUUUGAGGAAAGAACACAAAGGCAUAAGAUGCCCCAUUUAGCCUAGCAAGUGAAGGAGAGGGUGACUGUAGUAACCAUAUAUAAGUCAUAUUAUCAUGUUAUUACAAAUUGCUUGCCACAAUGUUAGGGAUGUCAAGGAUAACCAUGGCAAUGCAAUGGCUCCCUCUGCUGGAGAUGAUAGCAAAGGGGUUUUGUUUGUGUUUUUGUGUGUGCAUGCAAUAUGUUGCAUUCAUUUCUGUGUCUGAUUCUCUGCCUCCCCGGGGACGGGGACAAACGCAUGUUACGUGGAUUAGAUAAAUAACGUGAAGAGAGUGGGCGGGGAGGAUGUAUGUAUUUGCAGGUAGCCUGGCAGGGAGGAGCAUUGGGUCAGUAACUGAAAGGUGACCGACAAGGGUUGGGGCGUGUUGUUGAGGAUGGGUCAUCCAAACUGAGUUUGACCUGAUGGUGGAUCAAGUUUUACUCAACCCAGGCGUGAAUGCGUAUGUGUUUCUACACCAAAUGAAUGAGCAGUCAAAAGUACAUAGCUGAAGUACAUAAAAAUACAUAACUUCUAUGUUUGACUCUCUUGACUUUCAUUUGCCGAAUACAGGCCAAACCUCAUUCACCCUGGUGAAUUUAUCUGUGUACUUAACUCUGUUGUUUUGUGACUUUGUCCAGGACAGCUUUGAGACCAGAUUCAUCUCUGGAGGUAGAGGACAUCAGUAAGCAGCUCCAGGAGACCGUAAGAAUCCUGGUCCCUAAGUGUGACAUCACUUUCUUCGUCUCGGAGGAUGGCAGUGGAAAAGGGCACUGCCAUGGUAAUGGUGGUGGCACAGAAGCUGGCCAUAUCGCCCCGACUGUUAGAGGACAGCAGAGGAGGAUGAGGAAGAUGGAAAUGAAUAUGUUAGGUCAGAGGAGGCAUACUGGAAAGACUACUUGAAAUGCAGCACCGUAAAAAUGUCCCCCUCAAAUGCUUUUGUUGUACGGUACAUGCUAAACAGCUCACUCACUUUCUCCUACUGUAUGGAAAUGAAUUAAUUCAUUGAGGUUAACUUUUUUACAGUAGGCUAUUUUUUUGUUGUACAUGGUUAACUUUCAGUGAGGAAAUUCCCUUUUUUCUUAAACUUCUGUGUGAAAUAUGUAUUAUGUAUAACAAAUGUUACAUUAUUUUAUACUAGAAUGAAAACUUGUAAUGGGCAAACUCUCACUGUAUUGCUAGUAUAUUUAGAGACCAGAUAUUUGAUACUUGGACAUCACUGCAGCUAUAUUUGAAUGGCAGCUUGGUAAUACAAUUAGUCUUGAAGUAAAAAUCUAUGAAUUUCAUGGUCAAGCCAAGUUCCACAGAAUGGAAAGAGACAUGCUCACGCCCCCUGUUGGAGAAACUGUACAAAGGAACAUCAGGUCAUUAAAUCAAUGUUUUCCGCAAAGUUAUACAACUUUAGAAUAUUCAGUCACUCUUAAACAACAGACACCUUUCUGAACACGUGUUAUGUUAAUCAAAACUUACUGCAAAUAAAGAUGGCUAGCAUUUGA